UGGCCCUCGACUCGGUCGGUUCACGCUCUUUCCCAUACUCAAACAUAAUUUUAUUUAAUUAAAAAACGGAAACAAAAAACAUUACAUUAUAACAAAAAGAGAAAGCUUACCUCUCAGCGCUGUGUCUGUCGUCAUUUAUAUAAGUCCUUGAUCAGUUAUUAGUAAACAAAGAGUUGAGGAGUGUUUUUUCAUUAUUGUGAAAGGUGAAAUGAGGGCUGCAAUGCGUGAAUAUUGUAUUACAUUGUGUGCACUCGGAAUGCAAUCGUAUGUUUAUGGAGUAUUUAAAAAUUGAAUGGAAAUUAUUUUAACAUUUGAGUGAUGAAAAUUGAAUUUUACGUGCUAGUGACAUUCUGGAUACCAUUGAUGGAUUAGAUAUUCUUUUAAGGAAAGGCUGUGCAAGAAUGAUUGACCCCGUGCUGCCUUCACACUUGGCGGAGCCAGACAGCAGUAAAAAAUUAGGCGUUACAAAUGAGCUGGGUAUAGAUAUUUCAGUGAUAAUUGAAAUUGGAAAUGACAAUGACAAGUGUCGCACUAGGACCGGCUAGCGUUGGUGCGCCUUCUGCGAUGCUUACACCAAAAAGAUACCACUAUCAGCAGGCUAUGACACCAAAUUCAGCCUCACCCACUCCAGCCAAGAAUUACGAGAGCCUGAGUAAAGGAAAAAAAUCGUGGAGUGUACGUUUGGGCCUCUCUCGGCAGAGUCAAGCAUCGGAGGAUUUGAAGAACAAGGGUUGGGGUACAAUAAGUGGUGGAACUGGUGGUAGUGCCCUGUCCCGUCAGAUGUUGUAUGGUGAGCCAUGGGUGUACGGUACUGUGCGAGGUGGACGGGGUGGUUUUGGCCCUCCGCCAUCAUCACCGGGUGCACCAGGUGCACCAGUUCUGGUUGUCUGCUCGUGUCCAGAAUUUUUGAGUGGUACAACUCGAAAGAUGGGCAAUUGUCGAAAAUGCGGGGGACACAGACUAGCUGGUAUUCCACUAGGUGGAACUUGUCGUAUCCCUGGAACUCCAGCCAGAGCGAGACCUAGUCUAGCUGGCAUCCUGAGAUCAUCAGCGGAGGAUCCCUACGACCUCAUGCGACGUAGUCGUCUGAUGGAGCCUCGUCUGAGGGCCCGAAGUAUCUCCCCCCAUCGUCAAUCCAACUGCCGUGACACGCGUUGUCAAAGUGUCAUGAGGCCCUCCAAGGAACGAAAAACGAGUGCUGAUACUCUCUCACGCUCCGAGUGGUUUGACACGGAGAUUAUUUACCCGGGUGGCGAGGAGGUCUCGCCAAAUAUCUGGUUAGAUGACAAUCACGUAGUCCCUGUGAGCAAACCGAGAAAUUGGCAGGAGUCGUCGGGACCAACUCGAACGGACGACCACUGGAAAACGAUUGAGCCAACAACCUCGUCCAAUUCAAUUUUUGACUCCAGGCGGAGUAUUCUCGAGUGCAAUGUCAAUCCCUACCUUUUGGUGAAGAAACAAUCGAGGGAUGAAGACGAUUUGAGUGAUGAUUUGUCGGACAAUGCUCUGGAAUUGGAGGAGAAACCAUCGUCGAGUCUUUUUGAUCCAUCCAAAGUGAAGUCAAUUGAAAGACUGCCAAACAGAGGAGCAGUGGCUGCCAUCGGUGGACAAAGGAUCAGAGUCUUCAAUGAGCCCCGAGAAAUAUCCGAUGACGAUGAUAUCCCUGUUACCAGAAUUCCUAUUCCAAAAGUAUCACCCAAGCGACCCCCUAGACGACCCAAAGAGACUAAGAUUGUUGUUAAAAGUAUCUUGAAGAGGGGUAGAAAUCCUUGUGACGGAGUUCGUAAGAGUGUUCUUUUCAAUGUCAAUAACAUAAUAUUUGGACCGGAAAAAUCCAUCGACAUGAUCACGACUAUCAGAAAAAUCAGCAAAGUCCAUCCUAUUCCCCAAGAGGAGGAUAUUGUUGAAGUAGAAGAACCUAUUGUGCCCCAGGAGGUGAUCACAGAGCGUCCAAAAUUCAUAACAAUUCCCAAUAUUAAAGAACCUAAACGCGUGGAAAAAAAGAGCAAUCCAAUGAUUCACGAGGCUAGGAUAAUUCCUCAGGUGAAAAAUUAUCCCAACAUUGAGAGAUCAGUGAAACGACCGCAAGUACCUGUGAGGAACAAACGAAUUAGCACCGAGACCGAGGGAAAAUGUGCAAACCAUCAACAGGUUGGUGAGAACAGGGCCGAGGAGAUACGAGCGAAUUGUGAUGGACUCGAUAGCGAUAUAUCUCACCUGGAGAUUGAGAUUGAGGAGCUCAAAGAUCAAAUGCCAGAUAUCCCCAGCGAAGACAGGCAAUUAAUUGUCAAGGCCAAUGACGUAAACCGAAAAGCGGCUCUGAUUCGCAGCCAGAGUGACUGCUCAGCAGGUCUAAAACCCGAAUUAUCGGCGGCCAAUGUUCAGUACUUGGACACAAUGCGACUGAAUCUGCGUCGAGGAAAGAAUCAUCAAGCAUUGGGACAAGAUCUGAUCUCAGAUCCACGAAAUUUUCCAAUUAAAAUUACCGAACUCACCGAGAAGGAAGCAGAACCACCUCCACAAGACUCCCCUUCUGGUAUAAUCAAUGAAAAAGGGUCAUCGACCUUUGACGACGAGCAUUUCACAAGAAUGCGACCGACAAGCUGGUCCCCACCUCCUGGAAAAGCCAAACACUUGGCUCGAGAGCGUAUGAGUGAUCCUGGUCCAUUGAAUCACGAUUCAUCAUCAUCUGUCCUCUCUUCAGCCCCAAAAAUAUCCUCAGAACCUAAGUGGAAAUCUUCAGUAGAUCCAAGUGCUUCCCGAAUUGAAAUAAUCUCACCUUCGACGAGCACGAAUAUCUGCAAGAUUACAGUAAGUCCAAAAUCGUCUCCUCUCGUUCACCGGCUCCAGGUUGGCAGUGGUGUAGAUCCACCUAGAGGUGCCAAACGCACCUCAAUCCUCAUAAAUGGCGAUCAAACGACCGAAUGCGAGCCACAUCCAAACGACAAUAAAGUUACAAUUAGUGUAGGUGGAGAAGACAGUAUUUGCAAUCCUACAGUAAUUUCAGUCAAUUCCGAGAGCCUUCCUAACAUCCAGAAUUCCAUGGAAAAUAGGACCCUCGUGAUUCUAGAUAACUAUAAAGCUAAUAUUGUAUUAGAGUCGAAUAAAGAGACAAAAUCAAAAGGUGAGGUAGAAGAGGUGAUUCAACAAAUAUCGACGAAUAACGAAGGGAGAAGUAAAAAAUGCGAUGGACUGGAUGAGAAGAAGUGCGAUGUAUCGAAUCAAGUAUCUCAACUGUCAAAAUGCAAGUGGUCCAGUUUAUCGAAAGAGUCAUUGAUAUCAAAAUUACUAGAGGAUUCGCUGCGAAAGGCUCGUGAGAAUGGUGAGAUUCUGGAUGAAAGCAGCGGCGAGGCCAUCCUUAGAAUUUUAAAACAGAGUUUACUCAAGUCCAAGGACUACGAGAGCUCAGAGUCAACUCUGGAAGCUGAUAAUCCAUAUUCAAAUUCAAGAUCACCAAGUAGAAAUUCGGACGUUGAUUUUAUGUCGUCGAAUUUAUUUCUUGAAGAAAAUCCUUACGAGGUGAUUAAAGAACCGAUUUAUGAGGAGAUACCCGACGAGCCCCCACCACUUCCUUUGAGCCCCCCACCUACCGAGGACUACCUCAAGGAUCGGCUUUAUUUUCCCGAUGAGUAUAAAGAAGUCUAUUACAAAAAGGUAAACGCUGGAAAAUAUCUCGGUUCAUAUUUGCCUGAUGAUCUUUUCAAAAAAAAUGGAAACGAUGGCGAACCGUACUUAUCAAAAAGCACUCAAGAGUUUUUUAAAAAACCAACAAAAGGAGCUGAUGGUAAUUUAUCCAAGAAAUUUGAGCUCCUCAAUUUUUUGAUGGAUGCCAAAGAGACACCUGUUCCAGUUGAGGAUGACGAGCUUGAGGAGGACGACGAGGAAGAUGUUGAGGAUACCGAGGACACUGAGGGAGAUCUUGAGGCGCUUUAUGAGCAAAAAGAGACGAGUAUGGGGGACUUGAGCUCGAAAAGCUCGCAAAUUUCAAAUGUCAGUGAUAGCAGCGAGGAGUGCAAUAUCAUUCUUACGAGCUCUCCGGAGUCAUCCAAGACACGGACAGUGGAUAUCGAGAGAACAGACAGUGGUGUAGGUUCGGAGAGCAGUCAAGCGAGCAGUGGUCGCGGUAUAGGCAGACGUUGGAGAACAGGAAAUGCUACCUCUUCAGGACCCUCCAGUGUACUCGGUGGAAUACCGCAGGUCAUAUCUGGUGAUGCAAAACUGUGUGAUGACUGUGAACAGCAUUUAGAGCCGCUAAUUACCGACAGUGGAGUUGUUUACGCCCCAUUUGUCUGUCGAAAGUGCUCAAAGAAGCGUGCAGAAAGGAAAGAAAUAAUAACAGAAAUUGUCGAAACUGAACAGAAAUAUGGGAGGGACUUGAGGAUUAUCCUUGAAGAAUUUCAUCGGCCAAUGUUACGAGCCGGUCUUUUGACACCCGAACAAUUGUCCGCGAUAUUUCUCAAUGUUGAGGAGUUACUUGAGCAUAAUCUAGUGCUGGCUGAGAAACUGAAGGAAGCUGUGGAAAUGAGCCAGAUUGCGGGUGAUGAGGAUCUUAUUGGUGUCGAUGUGGGAAAAUUUUUCCUCGAGUCUGAACGUAUGCUGCAUGCUUUUGAGAGUUACUGUACGAGACAAGGGGGUGCUAGUCUAUUGCUGCAGAAUCUAGAGAAGGAGAAGGAAUUGCUCAGGAUAUUUCUCAAAGUAUCGCAGAUGGAGAAUACAGUUCUGCGAAGAAUGAAUUUAAAUUCAUUUCUUAUGGUACCAGUGCAAAGAGUCACUAAAUAUCCACUACUUCUCGCUCGUUUACUUAAAGCCACACCCUUGGGUAGGGGCGAUGUCCAGGAGUCGAGGAAGAGGCUGCAGCAGGCACAGUCCAAUAUUGAACUGCACUUGGAGCAUAUGAAUGCCGAAGCCAAAGACGUUACUUCAACAAAACUUUGGCGGAGAAUUUCAAUAAUUCAAAAUGGCAGGAGAUCCAAUGGAGAACAGGACAUGGUGAACAUAAAAUUGAGAAAAAUGGCUGUAGAAGUACUUGAGUGGGCACACGAGGAGGCGAGGUUUGUUCUGGAGGGACGUUUGUUGGUGGCCCAGCCAACAGACAAUAAUUGGAAGAGGGGAAGAACUGUUAAACUCGCCCCUGUCACUGCUAUGCUCGUUACUAAUGGCAAAUCAAAUACUGAUUUUUUGGCUACCAAUGACGAUUCUCUGUUCCCAAGGCAAAUCGGCAUAAAGGAGGCGACAUUGCUACUAGUUAAAGAAAAGAUCGGACGGUAUUCCCUUCUUCGAGAGCCACUGUACCUUGACAAAUGCAUUGUCUGUUGUGAAACAGAUCUUGAAGACUAUUUUGAAAUCCAAGAAUUGUCUUCGAAGGAGACAUUUAUUUUUAAAGCAGAAGAUGGUGAUCGAACAAAAAGAUGGUGCAAGACCCUUCAAGCUCACGCGCAGUCUCUUGGGGCCUGGCGGAGACGUCGUGGAGCUCUUCCCAAUAUAAUGAUAUGUGGUGUCGCGAGAAGUUAAAAAAAAAACCAAAUAACUUUUUUUCCAACAUCAAUCUGGGGAAUAAGUUCCAUUACAGUGCGUUGCAGAAACUCAAGUUUCCUACGUGACUGUGAAGAAAUACCGAAUGAAGAUGCAAUUGUAGAAUUCAAUAGCUUUUCAAUACUUGCCCACUUGCUAUUGAACAAUUACCAGAUGAGUUUCGCAAUAAAUAGUACGCACUUAAUAUAUUACUCUAGUGCUAGAGAUUAUUUAAAAUUAAUUAAUCGUAUGAGAUAUUUGAGAAUAGUAAAAAAAAAUUGUGUAGCUGUGAUAUCGACCGGUCUUAUUGGGUUUUAUUUUUAACAAUGGGUUCAAUCUAAUCGAAUGCUGGCUUGCUUGAAGUUUAAUCUUUAUUUUGAGAAGUCGAGAGUGAGAGGCAGGCUCUCUGAAAACUCGGUUGAAUGCUUCAUUUUACGUCCAUCUCUUAUCAUUCCUAUUUCCAAUUUUUAAUUUAACGAUAAAAAAAAAUUGUAAACAGUAUUGAGUGGCCCAAUACAUUCGAUGAGAUCUGAUGUUUAUCUUGAAAAAUUGAAAAAAAAAAACAAUUAUCCGCUCUUUUGUACGAUAUAAUUUGUUCUAAAUGUUAAACCACUGUAAAUAAUUGACACUUGCACUGAAUUAUUAUAAUUAUUCCUGGUCGAUUUUAUUGUGCAGAUUUUGUAACUCUGCAGUAUAUCAAUAAAAUGAGAAACAAAACAUUUAAA